CCCGUUCGCGUCUCUGCUCGGAAGGCGGCCGCUGGGAGGGAGAGCGGAGCAGGUGCCCAAUCCACUCCUUGGCAGGAAAAGAAUGCCUGCCCAGGGCAAGAAAAGAGGCCGGGCAGCCUUGACAGCUACCAAACAGCCCAAAUUGCCUAAAACUGAGAUCCAGAAGAAGAAGGGAUCUAAACUAACCAGUUCUGGAUUGAGGAAGACUGGGACAAGCUUAAAAAAAGAUGCUGGAAUUGAGGAGAAAAGUAAGACAGUUUAUACUCGCUGGCUUAUGAAGUCUGAACCGGAGAGUAGAUUGGAAAAAGGAGUUGAUGUGAAGUUUGGCAUUGAAGAUUUAAAAGCUCAGCCUAAUCAAACAGCUUGUUGGGAUGGAGUCAGGAAUUAUCAGGCAAGGAAUUUCCUGCGGGAUAUGAAGGUUGGAGAAGAAGCUUUUUUCUACCACAGUAAUUGCAAGGACCCUGGGAUUGCAGGUAUCAUCAAGAUUGUUAAAGAGGCUUACCCUGAUCACACCCAGUUUGAAAAAAGUAAUCCGCAUUACGACGCUUCCAGCACAAAGGAAGACCCCAGGUGGUCCAUGGUCGAUGUCCAGUUUGUGCGAAUGACCCAGCGGUUCAUCCCUCUGUCUGAACUCAAGGCCCAUCACCAAGCCCACCGGAAGUCCGGAGGCCCUCUGAAAGAGAUGGCUCUGUUCACAAGACCGAGGGUGUCCAUCCAACCUGUCAGUGAGGAGGAAUUUGAAUUCAUUUUGAGCCUGGAAUAA